UCCGAGCGGGCUGCGGAGGAUGUCGACCCCGCAGCGGGGACCAGUUCCGGGCGGGACGCUCGUGUCCAGUCGGCCGUUCCGCGCCCUGUCGACCCGCACGCGCACUUCCCUGCACCCAUGAAGCCCCCGCCGAUGAAGCCCCGAGCUGCCAGAGUGAGGCGGAAAGUGGCCCGAGACAGAGAGCAUGUACUGGCGCGUCGGGUUUGCCUGGACGCGGUCGUGUGUGGUCGAUCUUAGCCAGAACCAGAGCUUCUCCUCCGGCCUGCUGGGCUCCGAUGAGCAGCUCUCGUUUUUCGGCUACAUCGUCGCCUGCCCGCUGCAGGACCACGGCGGGAUAAUGUCAGCGCUGGGCUCGUGGUGGCGGAAGACGCUGUAUUUGACCGGAGGGGCUCUGCUCGCCGCCGCCGCUUAUUUGCUGCACGAGCUGCUGGCCAUCAGAAAAGAGGAGGAGCUUAACUCCAAAGACGCCAUCAUACUCCACCAGUUCUCCAGGCCCAACACCGGCGUCCCCUCCUUGUCCCCUUUCUGCCUUAAAAUGGAGACCUACCUCCGCAUGGUUGACCUGCCCUACCAGAACUACUUUGACGGGAAGCUCUCGCCGCAGGGAAAGAUGCCGUGGAUCGAAUACAACCAGGAGCAGGUGUGUGGCACGGAGUUCAUCAUCGACUUCCUGGAGGAGAGGCUGGGCGCGAGCCUCAACGUGAGCCUGACGCCACAGGAGAAGGCCGUGUCUCGCGCCAUCACCACCAUGGUGGAGGAGCAUUUCUACUGGACCAUAGCUUACUGUCAGUGGGUGGACAACCUGGAGGAGACCCAGAAGAUGCUGUCUGUGAGCGGGCCGCUGAGUGACCUGCUCAAGUGGAUCCUGAGUCACCUGACCGGUGGAAUCGUCAAGAGGGAGAUGUAUGGACACGGGAUCGGACGUUUCUCUCAAGAGGAGGUGUACGGCCUGAUGGAGAAGGACAUGCGCACCCUGGCCACUCUACUCGGUGAUAAGAAGUAUCUUCUGGGCUCGAGGCUUUCAACAGUCGACGCCGCCGUGUUCAGCCACCUGGCCCCCGCCAUGUGGACGCUGCCGGGAACGCGGCCGGAGCAGCUCAUCAAAGGUGAGCUCGUCAACCUCGCCAUGUACUGCGAGCGCAUCCGCCGGCGGUUCUGGCCCGAGUGGUUCGUGGACCUGGAGGACUUCUGCUACAGCGACACCACAGAGGACAGCGACUCGAAACUCCCCGAUUUGGGCCUCUACUCCUGCACGGACACGUUCCAGGAGGACACGCACACGCACACGUCACACACUUUUCACACGCCAAAGGACCCUCUGUCGCCCGUCAGCGACCCGACCGGCCACUCGCUGUACGACUCCGACAUGGACACGGAGUGCUCUGAAAUGGAGCCGCUCAAGUGUUGACGAAACAUCCGGGUGUAGUCGGCAUCCCACCUCUCCACGCGCCCCCCCCCCCCCUUACCUCUGUGGACGGAACGCACGUGGCUUGUUUCGAGGUCCGGUCCCACGUCGGUGGAGGAGAAGAGGUCCGACGCUGCAGCGGAGGAACGAUUCGGGUCGAGAGGAACCAAAGGUGACGAGAUCAAAGAGCGAGAAAAAGGGGGAUGCGGCGGAGGGAAAGAGAACGGAGAGCGGGAGACUCGACACCAGGAGUGAAUGACGCCGCCGCUGAGCAACUCCUCCGCGUGGUCGACGUCAGCCGCGCUCACGACUUCUACCUGUCGACGCGUUGCCGUGGCGACUACAUGUGUGCGUGAGCCCUCAGCGCCUUGUACAUGACAUCGACGCGUAUAGGGUACUGUACAGGGAUUCAUGUGAAUGAAGUGUAAAUAUAUAAAUGGAUUAGAUUUAAUUGAUAGAAUAUUUGCUUAUAUAUAUACACUACCGUUCAAAAGUUUGGGGUCAUCCAGACAAUUUCGUGUCUUCCAUGAAAACUCACUUUUAUUUAUCAAAUAAAUUGAAUAGAAAAUAUAGUCAAGACAUUGACAAGGUUAGAAAUAAUGAUUAAUAUUUGAAGUAUUAAUUUUGUUCUUCAAACUUCAAGCUCAAAGGAAGGCCAGUUGUAUAGCUUAUAUCACCAGCAUAACUGUUUUCAGCUGUGCUAACAUAAUUGCACAAGGGUUUUCUAAUCAGAUAUUAGUCUUCUAAGGCGAUUAGCAAACACAAUGUACCAUAAGAACACUGGAGUGAUCGUUGAUGGAAAUGGGCCUCUAUACACCUAUGGAGAUAUUUCAUUAGAAACCAGACACUUCCACCUAGAAUAGUCAUUUACCACAUUAACAAUGUAUAGAGUGUAUUUUGAUUAAUGUUAUCUUUAUUGAAAAAACAGUGCUUUUCUUUGAAAAAUAAAGACAUUUCUAAGUGACCCCAAACUUUUGAACGGUAGUGUAUAUAUAUAUAUAUAUGAGUAUAAAUAGUAUAGAUAGCCUGCACAUAUAGAAUCCUCCCCUCUGUCAUAUAAUGUAAAUACUGUCGGUGGUUCUCCUUUGUGUUUGACACUGACUCGUCUUGUCGUAGUCUUAAUUAACGAAUAGCCACUCAGCUGGUCUAGGAUCAGUAUGAGGAGCCCUAUUACCUCCUGUACUGUAUGUAUCUGGACACACAACUGGGAUAUUACAGUAAUGCCUGCUGCCCACAUUUAAGUAGUGCAGUCAAAGUUCAUGGGAAACGGUGGAUAGUGAACUGCAAUCUGCCAGAAGCACUUUGAAACUGAUCUUUUUUUUUUCUCAUAUUUUUUACAAUUAUUGACAACAUGGUAAUCCGAGGACAGCAGCUUCAGGUCAAACAGACACUUGACAGCGAGUCAUGCAUCGAGGGCGAGUCGAGCAAUCGUGGAAAUAGAUGAAAUAGAAAUAUAGUCUGAAUGAAAGUGCGUGGCUGGUACGUGCCAAUGAAAAUCUCCCUUUACACGUCACACGGAUGAUGUCAUCUAUGUGUCUUUGCUGGGUUAUUCGUGAAGUUUCACGACGCAGUGUGUGUCUGUCGCUGCACCAAAUCAGCCACGCAACGAUGUAGCCCGUUGAUCUUUUAGUUCCCAUUUAUUAUGACAUCAUAACGGAGCAGAAGCAGAUUAAUGUAACGCGUGUGUGUGUGUGGUGUGUGUGGUGGUUCGGUGCAGGUGUUCUGUGUGUUUGUCACUCAGCAAAUGCACAUACCAACAUGUUGUGUGUUGAGGCUAUAAUAUGGAUGCAAGCAAAGGGUGUGUGCACUAUGCAUUCGCAUGGAUGAGUCACCCUCUGUGUGUGAAUGAUGGCACGAACCUACACACACACACACACACACAUAUUCACAAAACUGUCAUGAUUUCAGUAUUCUUCAGUUAGGUGGUAGGACUUUGCAAGCGAAUCAAUUGCAAUCACUGUAAAACAGUUGCUGCUUUAAAGGCUUGGUCUUAAUGAGGAUUUACAUAAUUUGUUUUUGGCAUAAUCUGCUACAAGGAAGCGCAGCAGGGAAAUACGUCAACAAUAUGUUUGAGGUAGUUUAAAGACACAGUCUUCAUUACAUCAUGUGUCCACUAGAGAGCACUGACGCAUUUAAUACAACUGCAAAAUGUCCCACGCUCAAUAGACAUCUUACAAUUAUUUUAUAAUUUAAGUAAGGAAUUAUCUUCCCAAAAAUUUUAAUCUUCGUGUUUAAAAAAAAUGUUUUUAUUAUUAUUUUAAACUCCAGCAUCAGUCAGACUCUCCUUGUGAAGAUGCUACACACAACUACAGUAAUAACUAGAACGGGCACUCAGAAGAGCGCAUACCUUCGCAUAUCACAAGAUUUGGCAUUGAAUUAUGAACAUGUUGGCAUUAGUUGCAUGCCAAUUGGAUACAAAUUGACCGUGCUAUGGUAAAAAGAAGAUUUUGACCUAUCCAUGACCUUGACCUUUGACCCGAUCGAUCCCAAAAUCGAAUCAAAUGGUCCCCGGAUAAUAACCAAUCAUCCCACCAAAUGUCAUGCGAUUCAAGAAGAUGUUGACCUUUUCAUGACCUUGACCUUUGAACCGAUCGAUCCCAAAAUCUAAUCAAAUGGUCCCCGGAUAAUAACCAAUCAUCCCACCAAAUUUCAUGCGAUUCGGUUUAAAACUUUUUUUGUUAUGCGAAUAACACGCAUACAAAUAAAUAAAUAAAUACACGGCGAUCAAAACAUAACCUUCCGCAUUUUCAAUGCGAAGGUAAUGAAAGAAAUAGUAGCGUUAUAAUGUAGCAGCGUAUACGCGUGAGAUGUUUUUAUGACUUGUCAUUCGAGGAUGACGAUGCUGAAGAGGAUGAAGAUGUUUUGAUGACGGCAAAGAUCACCAUGUUCCUCUCCCACUUCAUUUCGAGUCAUUCUCUGUUCAACCAAUUAAUGUAAAAACAAUAAACACCAAUACACGAAGUGUAAAUUCAACGCCUCUUGUCGGGAGAUGGUAAAGCCUUUCUAUGUGUGUGCUGCAGAUGAAUUUAAUUACUAUAAUAUAGUCUGAAAAAAAUAUCAUUCUGUGUCUUAAAAACUCCUCGUGUGCAUGUUCUGGCCUUCUCUUAUGGAAACUGACUCCUUAACCCUUGUGUUGCCUUCGGGUCAAUUUGACCCGAUUCAAUGUUUAACCCUCCUGUCGCCUUCGGGUCAAUAUGACCCGAUUCAAUGUUUAACCCUCCUGUUACCUUUAUAUUUACUAACAUAUUUUACCCUUGAGGUCAAUAUGACCCCAGAUAUUAAAAUCUCCAGAAACUUAUUAGAAUUAAUAUUGUUUUCCAAGUUUAAGUGUGAGGUACUUUAUGUUUGUUUGUUGACUCCCGAAAGAACACCGACAUUAAACAUUGAAUCGGGUCAAAUUGACCCGAAGGCGACAGGAGGGUUAAAUAUUGAAUCGGGUCAAAAUGACCCGAAGGCAACACAAGGGUUAAACUGUUUACUUUAUAUCAGUGCCAGCGUAUGACUUGUGUUUUUAUACGUCAUAUUCAUUAAUUUUAAUUUAUGUAUUUCUUUUAUUUCAUAUUGUUUAUAUUUAUUGAUCUUGAUGGUGGAUGUGCUUGAAUUUCAAAAUCAAUAAUAUUGUUAAUUAUUUUUGCACUUCUUCUGUUUACACGUUUUUUUUCUUUUCUUCCGUGGCCGAGAGUCAAUCGAGUGUAUUGAUCGGUGUAUUCGUGCAAUACUGUAUAGGUUCUCUGACUUCCGCUGAACAGACUGCAUAUUUUCCCGCUGCCGGUCAUCGCCGUACUUGCAUGUAUUGUCCAUGUUUUGAGGUGUCAUGUGGUAAAUGUUAUAUUGAUAUCAUAAUAUCGAUGUCAUUGUGUUGAAUAUAUUACAGUCCGUCAUCUGCCGCCAAUUCCACCGUCAAAAGUGGAACGUUUUACUCUGCAGAGCUUCGUGUCCUGUUGAAACCAUAACGAAAUAAAAUAUAUAUAUAUGGAGGUGAAAUACCAAACUGACAUGAGGUCAGCAGUCCUGCUGAUUACAGGGGAAACGGUUCUUCCAGAUCAGGGUCUCUUGGAAGCUUCCUUGUCUCAGUGUUCCUCAGUUACAGGUCAGUGGUCAGAGGUCAGGGGUCGGGGUCGAGCCGGCCGUGUGUUGCUCUCGACCGAGAUGUCUGCUUUUAGACCGUAAGCCAUAUUGUCUGUGCCGAAACACUUGUGGAUUCUCAUCAAACUGUAAAUAAGAGAGAAAAAAAAGUCUAAUUAAAAUGUGAACAUGA